AUUUGGCAUUAGUUGACUGACCGUGACGGCGUCCCCUACACAAGGAAAGUUUGCCUCCAUUUACAUAUUUAACGAGACGCAUAUAAAAAAUUAGCCAUGGGAUUUUCGCCAUGUUGCUGCAGCCUCCAAGCUGGGACGAAAGCGAUCGCCAUUUUUGAACUUGUAAUUGGUGUAUUACUCACCAUCCUGUCUUUGAUCGUAUUAAUUGCGGGGGCAGGGUCGCUCGGCGGGGAUGACGCAGAAGCGGGUGGGGCUGUUAUUGCGAUUGGAAUCAUCCUAUUGAUAGUUUGCAUCCUACGAAUUGCCUUGGCUGCAGUGCUCUGGCAAGCGGCGAGAGAUCUAAAUGAACGGAAAGCUCGAACUUGGUUGAUAAUUACUGGAAUUUUGUUUGCCAUCCAUAUCAUCAGCUUUAUCGUCGUUGUGGCAAAAUCGCCGGGUGUGGGGGCCUCGUCUGGGAUCUCGUUGGUCCUCACGGCGUACUUCAUUUGGGUCGUUAUUGCGUUCAGGAACGAAAUUGUGGACGAUCCCAACAGCGCACCGAGAUAUCCUCCAAAUCAAAGUUAAAUCAAUCUACUUCAGCAUUUUUUCAUGAAAAAGUAGCUAUUUAUUAGAAUUAAUAUGUAUAUACAUACAUACAUAUGUAAAUCAAUGUUUUACUAUUACACGGAAUUAUUUGAAUUAAUAAAUCAAUUUCUGCAAACUUUA